AUUGAGGAUAUCUCAAAGCUCACCAUCAGGGACCAAAUCGAGGGAUUGUUGAGGAAAUCUUUGCUGCUGCCGCUCUUUCAUUCCUUCCCUGCAGCCAAAGCAGAGAGCAGAAUGCAAGGAAUCCGCAGUAUUUCUCACCCUGGGAGACCUGCUGAAGUGUGAGGACCCGGACGACCGCGCUCGCCGCUCCUGGACUCAGGUGUGCGCCGCCUCUCUCCCCUCCUUCCGUCCUACCAUCCUGCCUUUCUUCUUCCCUCACCCCUGGGCUGCCUGCUGUCGGCUCCAUCCCCAGGCAGGGUGUCUGAGGCCAUGGUGCUGCUCUCCCUGCUGCCCUGCCUCUGCACCCUGCUUUCCCUGGACCUGCUGCCUGGGGCGGAGGCCGCCGUACCGCUCGAGGACUUCUACCCCUUUGGUCUGGACCAGGGGGACUCUCAGACCGUAGCCCAGGACGACGGGGGCUCCGGGCUUGUGGAGAUCUCUGUGGCAUUCCCCUUCUUUGGAGACCGGCACACGGGGCUCUAUGUGAACAACAACGGCUUGGUCUCAUUCCUGAGGGAGGUGUCUCAAUUCACACCUGUGGCUUUCCCCAUCGCUGGAGACAGGAGAGCGGUGGCGCCUUUCUGGGCCGAUGUGGACAACCGGCGGGCGGGUCGGGUCUUCUACAGGGAGAGCCGGGAACCGUCCAUCCUGAGCAGGGCCGCCGGAGAUGUCAAGAUGUACUUUUCAGACUUCCCUGAAUUCAACGCAACCUGGGUCCUCAUCUCCACCUGGCACCAAGUCACCUUCUUUGGCGGCAGCCCCGUCACACCGGUAAACACUUUCCAAGUGGUUCUCAUCACAGAUGGAGAGCUUUCCUUCACCAUAUUCCAGUACAACAACAUCACCUGGACCACCGGAAUGCAUGCCAGCAGUGGCGGAAACCCAGCAGGCCUGGGAGGCAUCGCAGCGCAGGCAGGUUUCAACGCCGGCGACGGAAAGCGCUACUUCAACAUCCCCGGCUCCCGCACAGCCGAUGUAGUGAACGUGGAGGGAACCACCAACGUGGGCUACCCGGGCCGAUGGGUAUUCCGCAUCGAUGACGCCAACGUGGAGGUGGGCGGUUGCAACAACUCAGCGUCGGUGUGCCCACACCUGCGACCGUGUCUUAAUGGCGGCCAGUGCAUCGAUGACUGCAUCACGGGGAACCCCUCUUUCACCUGCUCCUGCUUGUCGGGGUUCACUGGCAGACGUUGUCAAAUCAAUGUCGACGAGUGCGCCUCAUUUCCCUGCAAGAAUGGAGGAACCUGUGAAGACCGGAUUAAUAGUUUCACCUGUCGCUGUCCACCCGGAUACACUGGGAGUGUGUGUGAAACAGACAUUGACGAGUGCAGAGACAGGCCAUGCCUCAACGACGGGCUGUGUGUGCACGGCCGCAGCAAUUUCACCUGCGUCUGCAAGCCCGGUUACACCGGCGUCCUGUGUGAGACAGCUGUCGACAAGUGUGAGUCGCAGCCUUGCUUGAACGGCGGGGAGUGCAUCAAUCACGCCAUGAACUUCACCUGCCUUUGUCCCGCCCCUUUCACUGGCGUCAUCUGCGAGUCAGAACUGAUGGAGCUCCAGGUCAACUCAACCGAGUCCAAAAACCAAACAGAGGAGUGUCUGUGCCAGAAUGGCGGCGUCUGCGUGGACAGCAACGGGACGUGCGAAUGUCCCAUAUCCUACACCGGCCUCUACUGUCAGUUUGAAGUUACCCAGACGCCGUGCGGUAACAACAGGCCGUGUCCUGACGGAGGUCCAUGUUUGGAGUAUGGAGGAGCGUACCUGUGCACGUGUCAGACCAGCGAAUCGGAACUGGACCACAGGGACUUCUAUCCUUAUGUACAGCCCCGAUCGGUCUGCGACUCGGCUCCGUGUCUCAACGGCGGCUACUGCUACGAGCGGGACGGCGGCUACACUUGCGAGUGCACGCACGGCCACUGGGGGAAGCACUGCGAGAAAGUAAGACUCAAUACGUGCGCCUCGGGUCCCUGCCGCAAUGGCGGCUCGUGCAAAGAGGAGUCGGGCAGCUACAGAUGCGUGUGUCCUUACCGCUUCACCGGCAAGCACUGCGAAGUGGGCAAGCCCGACCCAUGUUCAUCCAGUCCGUGCGUGAACGGCGGCACCUGCUUUCACUACAUCGGAAAGUACAAAUGCGAAUGCACGGAUGUCUUCACUGGCAGGCACUGUGAGAUCAGCAAGAGCUCAGCACACGCAGAGGUGGGCUGUGGGACGCCACCGCAGGUGAAGCAUGCAGAGGUCCAGUUCUCCUCCACGACGUCAGGCUCAGUCGCCGUUUAUGUGUGCCAGGCGGGCUAUGUGGCGGUGCCCAGAGCCACUCAGAGCAUCUGUGGCAUUCAGGGAGACUGGAGUCAGCCACCCAUCUGUGAGGAGCUGAAUGAGUGCUUGUCACAGCCGUGCGUCAACGGCGGGACGUGCCACAACCUGGAGGCGUCUUACCUCUGUGAGUGUGAGGACGGCUUCAGAGGGAAACAGUGUCAGAUAGACGUCAACGAAUGCCUGUCGGACCCCUGCAAGAACGGUGGAACGUGCGAGAACCAGCCGGGCUUCUACUUGUGUCAUUGUCCACCAGGCCUCAAAGGACGUAACUGCCAAAAAGAGCAGGACAGCUGCGAGUCCAACCCUUGCCUUAAUGGAGGUGUGUGUCGGGACUACAGGAAGGCUUAUGUAUGCGCGUGCAAAGACGGCUUCUUCGGGGACCAGUGCCAGAUGUUGGAGGAUCCCUGUGUGCUGCAUCCUUGUGGGAACCGAGGUGACUGCAGGAGCGACAGGAGAGGCAACUACAACUGUGUUUGCAGAGCAGGGCACACUGGAAAAGACUGUGAGAAAGAUCUGCUGCCCCCUUCUGGCCUCCAUGUGCUGCGCGUGGAGGAGAACGAGGUGGAGCUACGCUGGGACGGGCCCGAGGCCCCGCCGAGCCCGGUCAGCGGCUUUGUGGUCACGUACGCGCCGCAGGGCCGCAGCAAUCGUAAAGUGGACUUCCUGGACAGACACCAGUCGUCCCACGUAUUGCGAGGCCUCGUGCCGGGCCUGCUGUACAACAUCUCCACCUACUCCAUCAAACGCAACACCAACACCGAUGAUGUCAGCCAGCCCGCCACGGCGCUCAUACGCACCAGACCUCGGCGGGCGGAGCAGCUGCAGGUGGUGAACGUGUCGUCCUCUCAGGUGUGGCUGCGGUGGCUUCUCAAGGCGGCUCGUCACGCACCUCUCAGCAGGAUUCGCCUGACUCUGUCACACUCAAAUGGUAGCGAAGCUCACUCGGCCGUGCUUAAUGCCACCACCAGCGAGUAUGCCUUCAGUUCUUUGCUUCCUGCUCACAUGUACAAGGUGGACGUGUUGACUCAAAGUGGACUUGAUGACUUUCCUUCCACGAGCCGCUCAGCCGGGCCUCUUCAGUUCUGGACAAGGCCUCUCCCCCCACAGAACCUCUCCUUGUCCCACGUGACCACCAACUCGGCUCAGAUCACCUGGAGCCGCCACCCGAGGGACGUCCCAGACGGCUUUGUGGUCAAUGUGACCCGGGGGCUGACCACCAGGAGCCGCUUCCUGCCCAGCGGCUUGCUGGAGUCCUACACCCUCCGCGAGCUGACCCCAGGCCAGCACUACCGCGUGGCCCUCACGUCCGUCAAGAAGGCGGGGCAGGAUCAGGUCCACAGCAAGCCUCAGCACCUGGACUUCACCACCUUGCCCAUGGAGGCCCGGUCUGGAAGAAGAGAGCGACCCAGCGGGACGGCACAAAAGCCGUCUGAGACCCAUGACGCGGGAGGCGGAGCGGCACCGAGGGAGGCGCCAAGGUACACAGAGCUGAUAGACAGGAGGGGGAAGAUCACCGCCAAGUUGUCACACUUGCCAAGAAAAGUCAUUCGCCAUCGAAAGAAACCUGAGCCGCUCGUUCGAUUGGAGCGGAUGGAGGAGACGACAAACAAAAUCAGCCUGGCACUGGAGAUCCAAGAGGAGGCUUCCAGGACCCAGCCUGAGUCGGCCCAGGACUGCCGCAGUCUGCCGUGCUUGAACGGCGGAACAUGCGCGAGUGGAAGCGACUCGUUUGUCUGCGAGUGCACCGCCGGCUUCAAAGGCCGGCGGUGUGAGCUGUUGUGCCAGCGCGUGCCUCACCCGUGCACCCGCCUCUACUCGGAAACGAAGAGCGUACCCGUGUGGGAGGGCGGCGUCUGCCAUUACCUGUACAGAAGGACUUACAAGGUGCAGCAGGAUGUCUGCUACAGAGAAACGUGCCAGUCCACGCUGCCCAAGAAAAGUCUGGUCAGAAGAACCAGCAGGCAACAGUGAAGCACUCUGACACCUCCAGCCUUUCCAUUUCGGUGUUUAUAAUGUACUUGAAGUGACCGGUCAUGCUCUCGUUUAUGCCGCGGAACCCUGUCAGAACACACUGAAGAACCUUUCAGGCUCAAGGAGCAAUCGCGUGAAUGAAAACUACGCCAUUUGUCAUUCAUCAAAUUUAGUUUUUUUAUGACUGCCAGUUUUUUCCCCCCCAUUUUGGAUGGAUUUAACGAGCGUCACAUGGAUUCAUGUCCCCCCCCAGAGAAUGGCGCGGUGUUUUCUGUGUAAAAUAUCUUUUAUUAUUAUGUAUUAGCAGGCAUCACUGCUCGUUAUGCUGUAAAUAGUGUUUAUAGGCCAUUUUGUAGGUGAAUAUUUUAAUAAUAAAAAUGUUAAAAUAUCCUGUGUUUCUCUUGGUUUGUUAAUAAAUGAUGCUACUUCCUGUAUUGUACUCCAGCUUUUUCCACAGCCCAAAAAUAUGCACGUUAGGUCAAUUGCAGACUAUAAAUUGUGUGAAUGGUUAUUUGUCAAAAGUGUCUUGUGAUUGACUG